AUGGUGCUACGAAUUGUAAAAUUCACUGACGAUGCCGACUACGAUGCCGGCGAAAAUUCUGGGAAUGUCUACGUCCACGUCAGACCCCCUAAUCUGAGAGGGAGGGAGAUUGGAUUAUGGCAUGCUAUGAACAAUAAGCGUGUCAAGUCUCCACAUCUAAGGGCCAAUACUAUAAAUGAGACCGGAAUAAACUUUGAAAGGAUUAAAAAGAUUAUUCAAGAUUUUAAAUUCGUCGAGCCCUCAAAAUGCCUUGGGAAAAGGGAAAGUGUCAUCAGAAUGGACGUCUCGAAACAUAAUCCUAAAGAUCAUUGCGAUGAAGAACUUAUUGACAUGGAAGAAUUAUUAGAUAGAUGUACUUGUUCGAAUACUGGAUUUGAUAGCAAUAGUUUAGUUCGGGAUCUAAACCUAGACGAAUCUUUAAUGGAUGAUUUUGUGCGCCAAGCCAAAUCAUCUGGAUGCCUUAGAUUGCGCCCAUCUCGUGAACGGCUUCCUGCAUACGCUCAGCGACAAAAAAUCGUAAGCUUGAUUUCUGAGCACCAAAUCGUUGUCCUUAGUGGAGCCACAGGCAGUGGCAAAACCACUCAGGUUCCUCAGUUUAUCUUGGACGAUGCUGUAAUUAAUCGGAAAAUGGGGAGUGUAACCCGUAUAGUCGUUACUCAACCUCGUCGUAUCUCAGCUAUCUCAGUGGCUGAACGCGUGGCUAUAGAACGAGGAGAAUCUACUCCCGGAGCUUCGAUUGGCUACCAAGUCAGAUUAGAAAAUCGUCUCCCACGUAGAAGCCAGGGUUCAAUUCUAUAUUGCACUACGGGAGUCGUACUUCAAUGGUUGCAAUCUGAUCCUGAACUUCGUGUAAGCUAUUUCUCUGCGUAUUGCUUCUUUUUUAUAGCUGUCACUAUUUACUUUAUUGCUUCAUUGACUCUUUCAUGCUUAUGUCCAAUUCGCCCUCCUAUCUUGCAGGAAGUUGGUUAA